UCUCUGCGCCGCCUUUACUCUCACCGCUGGAUCUCACCUAUCAGGUUGCAAGACUGAGGCUGUAAAGACCCUUUUUUUGGUUAAAACCCGACUGGAAACUGAAACAAAACAGCGCCAUGGAGUCUCCACUGAAGAAUUCCCCGGUGAGACCGGGUUUCCACAGGCUGGAGAUCCAGAAAACGACGUGGGACGUCCCGCAGAGAUACGUGACCCUGCACGCGGUCGGUUCCGGAGCUUACGGCACAGUGUGCUCUGCCAUCGACCAGAAGACCAAGGAGAAGGUGGCCAUCAAGAAGCUCUACCGGCCUUUUCAGUCGCUCAUCCACGCCAAGCGUGCCUACAGAGAGCUCAGGCUGCUCCGCUACAUACAGCAUGAAAAUGUGAUCUGCCUUCUUGAUGUCUUCACACCUGACGCCACACUGGAGAAAUUCCAAACCUUUUAUAUGGUAAUGCCCUUUGUGGCCCAGGAUCUGGGCCACAUUAUGAAGACAAAAAGAUUAAGUGAUCGCAUCAUCACAUACCUGUUCUACCAGCUUCUAAGAGGCUUGAAGUAUAUUCACUCUGCGGGGAUCAUUCAUCGGGAUCUGAAGCCUGGUAAUCUAGCUGUGAGCGAGAACUGUGAGUUGAAGAUCCUGGAUUUUGGCCUGGCUAGACAUACAGAGAGUGAAAUGACUGGUUAUGUCGUAACGCGGUGGUACAGAGCACCAGAGAUCAUAUUUAACUGGAUGCACUACAGUCAGACAGUGGAUGUCUGGUCAGCAGCGUGUAUCCUGGCUGAAAUGAUCACUGGCGAGGUGCUUUUCCGAGGACACGACAGUAUUGAUCAACUGAAGAAGAUCCUCCAUGUAACGGGGACACCAGACUCCUCCCUGGUGCAGAGGAUGCAGAGUAAAGAUGCACAGUCGUAUGUGCAAGGUCUCCCUCCACAAAGGAAGAAAGACUUCAAGGAAGUCUUUCAAGGCAUGGAUGACAACGUUAUCGACCUGCUGGAGGGGAUGUUGCUGCUGGAUCCCGAGGCCAGGCUGACAGCGAAGCAGGGACUGUCCCACCCUUACUUGGCCGAGUAUCACGACCCAGAGAGCGAGCCAGACUCUAAGCCCUACGACGACUCCUUUGAGAGCCUGGAGCUCGCCAUUGGCGAAUGGAAGAGUCUGGUCCACAUGGAGAUCAUGACCUUUGACCCUGACAAUCCUAGUAAGACCGCCAUAUAGGCAAGACAAGUUUCUCCAAAGCUGUCACACAGCAUCUUGAAAGUCUUUUUGGUUUCAUUUCAAUAAAGGGCAGCUUUACUCGGUAUCUACAUGACAAGAGGAAAAGUAGAGUCUGUAAGAAAUAAUUGUAAAAGUACUGUUGCUUUAUUCUGCAGCUGGCUUGUAUGGAGUUGUGUCUGUGCAAUUACUGUGCAAUCAAAAAGAAUUUGUUUGCAACUAAGUUACAAGAGUAGAUUUAAAAGCUAGUAUCUGUGUGUUACUGCAGGUAAAAUACCUGCAAAAAGUGCAACAGUUUCAGGAAAUGUAAAAAUGUUGGAAGUGGUGCUUGUGGAUAUUAUUUGCUGCAGAGUUUGUAAUGGAUCAAAAAUAUAUUUAAAAUUAAAGGUGAACAAAAUAUUAUGAAAUAGCAUGAAAACCUGUUCAAACAUAUUUAGUUUUAGCAGUGAUUAACAGGGAUCGCAGGUUUUGCUUGUUUGGUUGUUUUUUUGCACACCUGUAUGUUCCUUUUGUUUUCACAAUAAAGGCAAAAUGCUGAUUC